GGAACCAUUUAAACAAUCGGCUUUUGUUUCCUACAAGUUAUAUGCUUCGGUAGCUCUUCAUGAUUCACUGUCUGAGGUUUACGUUCUACCGACGUAGAAGCACCUGCAUUGUCAACUGAUCCCGUACUAAAAGCUAGCUCCCGCUCCAGACGAUACCACUGACGAUUGACGUUGGUAAAGUUGCUGUGCGUCCCUAACUUUCAUUUAUAAAAGCUGAUUUUGGUUUCAGCCUUGAGCGAUGCUAGUUCUUCUGUUUAUGCUGUUGGUUGUGGUUGAGUUAGGAUGGGCCGCCCAGUGUGACAAGUGGUCUGGACCUGCUGGAACUGUAGAAUGCAUUCAGAUACAGCGGUACAAUAACGAAUACCAGUGGGCGACGUGCUUGACAGAUGUAUACAUUAAGCUAAAGAGUAACCACACACACCUAUGUAUUGACCGAACUCGAGUUUACUGCUGGUACCAGUGUAUGCUUGAAGAGAAUAACAAGGAAGAUGGACCAGUGACGAGCGAUUGUUCCUGUUCUCCCAGCAAUCCAACCUCAUAUCCAAACACCCUCACGCCUACCACAUUACUGCCUUCACAGUGCUAUAGUCCACCAGGGGAUUCCUGUGGUUGGUACCGCAACUGCUUGGAAAGAAAGUAUCCCUGUGAAGCUACAAGUAAUGGAUAUGCAAUAAGAUACGCUGAGAAUUUUUGCAACCUGUAUAACGAGAACCUUGGAAAAUUCAGUCUUACCGGAAAAAACUGGGUUAAUGGGGUUCGUAAAUGCCUCCAAGUCUCACUGGUGCCACUAUUACGGCCAUGGGCCAACCCAACCUGUAAAGAGAUACGAGACAGAGCAUUCGCCUCCCACACACCAUGUUACCUGUAUCCAGACAAAGGUGUGCCGUCCGUCUGUGAUCUCGACUGCCACGAUUACUACCAGAUCUUUUGGACCAUCAAGGGUUCCUUUAUCAAAGUCGACACACUCUGGGAAUCUCUCAAGGGAAUGUGGAACAUAGGAAAUGAAUGUGGAUGGUCUGCUAACAACAAGAAAUGCUACAGAGAGCUAAAAGAUGGCCCAGUCAGAGCGAUCAAGAUGAAGAUCAAAAGGUUUUUGCGAUUAAGACGCUCAACUGAUCCUCUUCCUGAGUCUGAUGCUCAAAGUCGGUUCGCAGAAGGAGUUGGCUCAGCCAUUGCGAGUGCCUUGAGGUGGAACUCAGAAGUGAUGGACUGGCUCGCCUAUACUGGGAGAGUUGAAGAUGCAGAAAACCUGGAAAUGGUCGUCUUAUUAGCGGAUAAGAAAGCCCUGGGUAUCGUUUUGACAUCCAUUCCAUUCGUCGACUUCAAUCAGAUCAUUCAAGUAUUUGCCUCAGCUGUACGAAAGGGAGCGCUCCCGUUGAGAGUGGAGGGACACAAUGUCUGGGUAAGGACCUUGGCCUCGUGUUCUGAUAAAGCCUGCAACAGCACCCAGACACUGGCAGUGUCAGACAAGCCCCCAAACUGGAAUGGUGCUGCUGAGAUCUCACGCGGUAAAGUUGUCAUGUGUGGAACCAUCGCUGUGUUGAUCAUGAUGAUAAACAAACUGUUUUAUUAAAAGCAUACACACCCGUGUCGGGAAGCUUUAUUUUUUCUGUUUCUUGAGCGUAGAAACAUAGACUAAUCACGCGUACUAGUAGUUGUUAGAACGGUCUGUCACACGCUGGACUUAAUGCUUAAUACCUUGUGGCUGAAACCUUUCGAGUCCCUAUCUGUUGUCAAAAGGCUUUACCGAAAAAGUCACGGUACACCUCGCUAGUUUUACUCUUGCAACACUUGCAUCAAUCAAAGCGAUCAUUAGCUUCAGCAUGUAUAUGUUAGGCCAGGUCAUGGCACUGGACCCUCGAGACAACACUGCAGCAGCACUUCCACUUAAUUAAAAACUCAGGACUAGAGCCACGAUUCGAUUCAGGGCCACAGAAUAGAAGCUCUUUUUCAGAGUUCACGAAAGGGAACAAUUCAAGUACUGUGAUAAAUCGAUUAGAUGUGUUCUAGAUUUCUAAUCUGUCGGUAUUAUUGCCAUAAAAAGACUUCAGAGUGUGAUAGACCUUUAAAUUAACUGACAGUUAUUCGAAGUCGUAGGAUAUAGAGGAUUUUAUAACCAAACACAGAAUCUCAAUUAAAUUCAUUGGAUGAUAGUUCCACCAAUACUACGUGUUGUUAAAGGAAGUGUAAAACCUGUUUGUCAAGUAGAUAAGAGACGUAAUCAGAGAGGUCACUCACAAACAAGGGUAGUAUGUUUGAUUAUCAGAUAAAAUCGGUGUCUCUUAUAUAGUAUAGUGCUUUUCUCUAAAGGAAGGACCAACAGAUAAGGGUAUCGUUGUUACUAUGAUACAGAGUGAAUAAACACAGACCGACCUUUAGCAUGAUUGGUUCAUGAAUCAAGUUUAAUCUUUAUAUAAAGGCCUUCUGAAAUGAUGUAACCUACUUAUAUCUUAAAACACGCAUAUAGGCACGAGUGGCUGUUUUCGACCUUUUGUGUCAGUUUAGAACUGUAACGAUUUUGCUAUUUCGAAUAUUCCUAUCUAGUAAAUAGAGUAACGCCAUUAUAUAAGCGUCUUAGACUAUUAUAACCAAUGUUAACCAUUAAAAGUAUUUAACCACAAUGAAA